AUGUCGCUAGCCAGGACAACCUUGUCACCAUUCACGAAACGAGCGAUCUUUUCUAUUUUCACACGAUCUCUCAGCGGUACUCAAGAAGCUGACAUAGUGGUCAUAGGUGCUGGUCCUGGUGGCUAUGUUGCUGCAAUAAAAGCUGCGCAGCUCGGGAUGAAGACUAUUUGUGUAGAGAAAGAUCCCACUCUUGGAGGAACCUGCCUGAACGUCGGAUGUAUCCCAUCGAAAUCACUACUUAACAAUUCUCAUUAUUAUCACAUGGCUCAACACGAUUUUGCUAAUAGAGGAAUAAAAGUCUCUCCUGCAUUGGAUCUCGCUAAAAUGAUGGAAGCUAAAUCAAACAGCGUUAAAGCCCUCACUGGAGGUAUUGUGCAGCUUUUCAAGGCCAACAAAGUUGGACAUAUUCAAGGAGUUGGGACUAUAACUGGACCAAAUCAGGUUCAAGUGAAAAAGAACGAUGGUUCUGUCGAUACUGUGAAUACACGUAACAUCCUUAUUGCUACAGGAUCAGAAGUAACACCAUUUCCUGGAAUACCCAUCGAUGAAGAGAAGGUAAUUAUUUCUUCGACUGGAGCGCUUUCACUGAAAGCUGUACCCAAGAAAAUGGUGGUUAUUGGUGCCGGAGUUAUUGGACUGGAGCUGGGCUCCGUAUGGCAGCGACUCGGUGCUCAAGUCACUGCUGUUGAGUUUCUCGAACACAUUGGUGGAUUCGGAAUUGACAUGGAAAUAUCAAAAACGUUCCAGCGCACGCUGACGAAGCAAGGAAUGAAAUUCCUUCUCAGUACAAAGGUAAUGAGCGCUCAAAAGAAUGGAGAUAAUAUCAGCGUCCAAGUAGAAGGUGCGAAAGACGGCAAGAAGCAAACUCUGGAUUGUGAUGUACUUAUGGUCUGUAUUGGUCGACGUCCUUACACAAAGGAUCUGGGAGCGGAAAAUGUUGGUAUCCAGCUUGAUGAGAAGGGACGAGUGCCAGUAAAUGAGCGUUUCCAGACAAAGGUUCCUUCAAUAUACGCAAUUGGAGAUUGUAUCGCUGGACCUAUGCUUGCCCACAAAGCUGAAGAUGAAGGCAUUCUUUGUGUGGAGGGAAUUUGUGGUGGACCAGUGCAUAUCGAUUACAAUUGCAUUCCGUCAGUUAUCUACACUCAUCCGGAAGUUGCUUGGGUAGGAAAACCCGAGGAGCAGCUGAAACAAGAGAAUGUGCAAUACAAAGUAGGCAAGUUCCCAUUUGUUGCAAACUCGCGUGCCAAGACGAACUUCGACACCGAAGGAUUUGUGAAAAUUCUUGCUGAUAAACAGACCGACAGAAUGUUGGGAGUACAUAUCAUUGGACCGAACGCUGGAGAAAUGAUUGCCGAAGGUGUCUUGGCACUCGAGUAUGGUGCUUCUGCAGAAGAUGUUGCUCGAGUAUGUCACCCUCAUCCGGUAGGUCGACCUUUUUUUCCUUGUGCUCUUAUUGUGACGACUACUCCUUAUUUUUGUUUCCUCUUCCGAAAAUGCAGCUGCACAUCUGGUUGUUAA